UCUUCUAAACAUCAAAGAAUAAUCACAUAGAAAAUGUCUGGUCGCGGAAAAGGUGCAGGAAAGGUCAGGGCGAAGGCCAAGACUCGCUCCUCCCGUGCCGGGCUCCAGUUCCCCGUCGGCCGUGUCCACAGGCAUCUGAGGAAGGGCAACUACGCCCAUCGUGUCGGUGCCGGAGCCCCGGUGUACCUGGCCGCUGUGCUGGAGUACCUGACCGCUGAGAUCCUGGAGCUGGCUGGAAACGCCGCCCGGGACAACAAGAAGAGUCGUAUCAUCCCCCGCCACCUGCAGCUCGCCGUCCGCAACGACGAGGAGCUGAACAAGCUGCUGGGAGGAGUGACCAUCGCUCAGGGAGGCGUGCUGCCCAACAUCCAGGCUGUGCUGCUGCCCAAGAAGACCGAGAAGGCUGCCAAGAAGUGAACACCCCGAUCCCGCUUCAACAAACAACAAAGGCUCUUUUAAGAGCCACACACUUCCAACUAAAGACAUUUCUCCCCCUUGCCCUAUAUGCAUUGAUGUGCACAACAUGUCAUGUUACACCAAGUCACCCAACUAAAACACCCACAUUAUAGAGCAAUAUACAAUUGAAACAUAACCCUAAAUUACUAUUAAUGAUAUCAUCUAUUGCAGGUUGUAGCCUCUCUAAAAUAAAGCCUUAUUUCAACUAAA